UUUGACAUUUAAAAAUAGAAACUUGUGUUCGGCUUUUAAAAAUAUUAAAAGAAAAUAAUAAAAGCCAUUUAUUGAAAACAUUUUACACUAUUUUUUUUAUUUAAAAUUAACAUUCCAACGUUUUACACAUGAAACUCGAAAUGGAUGAUAUGGACGAUAGUACAAUUUGUGACUCGGUAUCGUCACUUGUGGAAGGAUGCAGACUUCCAGUUCAUAUGACUGGAACGAAUGAUUGGCCUUUGGCUGAAAUCAUCAGUAUUAAGGAUGCUCCUGGAUCCAAAUGUUAUUAUGUACAUUAUGUUGAUUUUAAUAAACGUUUAGAUGAAUGGGUUACGGAAGAAUCUCUUGAUACAAGAAAAGUUCAUUUUCCUAGAAAAGAUGCAGGAGGCGGAAGUAACACAGGAGUAUCUACACCUAAAAAAGUACAAAUUGGAGCAGGGGGUGGUGGGGUCGUUGGUGGAGGGGGCAGCGUGGGCGGUAGCAUUGGCGGAGGUGGCGGUGGGGGCGGAAGUGGUGCGAUUUCCAGACCCUGUUCCCCCGUCAACAACGUAGAAUUACUUAACGGCAACGCUGUACUAGCGGCUGCUUUACAAAAACGUAUCAACAGAAAAAGGAAAGGUCCUUCGUUAGAAAAUGAAGAUUCCCAAGAUGCUCCUCAGGCUGUUGUAGCAGGACCUAGACAAUCAGGAAGUAUGGUUUCCCACCACGAUGAUAUUGUCACUCGGAUGAAAAAUAUAGAGUUAAUAGAAUUAGGAAGACAUAGGAUAAAACCUUGGUAUUUUGCUCCAUAUCCACAAGAAAUGGUGAACAUAGAAUGUAUUUAUAUAUGUGAAUUCUGUUUAAAAUAUAGGAAAAGCCGAAAAUGUCUCGAACGACAUCUAGCCAAAUGUAACUUGCGACAUCCGCCCGGAAACGAAAUAUACAGGAAAGACAAUAUAUCAUUUUUCGAAAUAGACGGAAGGAAAAACAAAGUCUACGCCCAAAAUUUAUGUUUAUUAGCGAAAUUAUUUUUAGACCAUAAAACGCUGUACUACGACACAGAUCCGUUUUUAUUUUACGUAAUGACAGUUUUUGAUAACCGUGGUUUUCACAUAGUAGGAUAUUUCUCGAAAGAGAAGGAAUCUACGGAGGACUAUAAUGUAGCCUGUAUUCUUACUAUGCCGCCUUAUCAAAGGAAAGGUUAUGGAAAACUUCUUAUUGAAUUUAGUUACGAAUUAUCUAAAUUUGAGGGUAAAACCGGUUCUCCGGAGAAGCCCCUGUCAGAUUUGGGACUGUUAUCUUAUCGUAGUUAUUGGGCACAAACAAUAUUGGAAAUUUUACUUUCCAUGAAGCCAGUAGGAGAAAAUGAAAAACCUCAAAUUACAAUAAAUGAAAUUUGUGAGCUGACUAGUAUAAAGAAAGAGGAUGUGAUAUCCACGUUACAAAAUUUAAAUCUCAUCAACUACUAUAAAGGACAGUACAUAAUUACCUUAGGAAAAGAAACUAUACAAAGCCAACAGAAAGCCAUGGAGAGUAGGAAAAUUAGAAUAGACCCAAAAUGUUUACAUUGGACGCCGAAAGACUGGGGUAAAAGGGCGAAAUGGUAAUGAUGGUUUGAUUAAAUAAUUUAUUCUAA